AUGGCUGCCUCCGCCCCCGCCUCCAAGACUUCCUUCACCAUCGGCACGCGCAAAUCCAAGCUCGCAUUGGAACAGACAGAGCUGGUGGCCGCCGCCCUCAAGAAGACACACCCUGGCUAUGAGUUCAAGAUUUUUUCCAAGGAGACUGCGGGCGACCUCAACACAAAACUUGCGCUGCGCGAAUUUACCACCAAGAAUUUGUGGACCGAAGAGCUUGAGGAGUUGAUGAUCGAUGGACAGGUUGACUUUAUUGUCCACUCUCUCAAAGGUCAGAGCAAUGGCGGUUUUCUGAAAUUGCCCCGACUGGUCUGGUUCAAUACGCUCAUACAGUUUUUAAUUUCAUUAGAUGUCCCCACCGUCCUCCCCGCCACUUGCACCCUAGGCCCGAUGAUGCCCCGCGAAGACAGCAGAGACGUGCUCGUCGUCAAGCAAGGGCUGCCAUACAAGAGCUUGGCGGAGAUUCCCGCUGGCUCCGUCGUUGGAACUUCCUCCAUCCGCCGAACGGCCCAAUUGGCCCGCAAAUACCCUCAUCUCAAGGUCCUCGAUAUUCGUGGAAAUAUCGGCACCCGUCUGGCUAAGCUGGAUGCGGAAGACAGUCCUUACACCUGUGCCAUCCUCGCAGCCGCGGGUUUGUUGCGCCUAGACCUGGCAGAUCGCAUCACGGAAUAUCUGGACUCGAAGAACAGUGGUAUGCUCUACGCCGUCGGACAAGGUGCCUUGGGUAUUGAGAUUCGGAAGGAAGAUGCCUUUAUGCAGGAAAUGUUGAGUAAGAUUGGUCACAAUGAAACCACCUACGCGUGUCUCGCUGAGCGCAGUCUGCUGCGGACUCUGGAAGGUGGCUGCAGUGCGCCAUUGGGCGUCGAGACUGAGUGGGUUCAGACUGCGAAGGGAUCCAAGAAGCUGCGAAUGCGCUCUGUGGUUGUCAGCGUCGACGGCCAGCAAUGCGCACAGGUCGAGAUUGAUGGCGAUGUUGAUUCCACUGAGAGUGCAGAGGCUUUCGGUGUCACCGUGGCUAAGGCUUUGGUGGGAGAAGGUGCGGGUGCGAUCCUGGAGGAAAUCCAGCGCAACAAGGUGGUCAAGGAGAACUUCUCCAGCUAA